AGUUAAUCUUUAAAAUAAAAUAAAAUGGUUGAGUGGCCUUGAGCAGGAAAAUAUGGUGGGACAUCACGAAGCGUAUCAAAUUUCCCCCCUUCAAUACUACAUAAUUUUCACGACUAGAGUAAAGUCAAAAGUGAAAUGAGUAAGAGUGGCAUAGUUUGAAAUCGGCACCCUGGCUUCACGACUAAAAAACUAUCUCCAACUUUAUCCACUAAUAGUGAAUGGCUGAAAGUUCGACAUUGUAAAAAACUUAGCACCCGUAGACUACCAAGCUGGAGUCCAGAGGCGAAGCCCUGGCACGGGGUUGGGGGGGGGGGGGGUGCCCCCCCACUCGUAAAAAAACAUAUUAACUGUUUUUUAAUUUUUAAAUAAACUACUACUAAUUGAAUAAGAACUGUCUGAUGAACUCAUCUUUGUUUAAUACUUCACUAUUGAAUUUUAAUGCCUUUGUUUAUUUUAUUUUUACACUAAACAAAAUAUUGCAAAUUAUCCGAGCACAACAAUGGCGGAGUAUUUUAGGUGCGUGAGAGCAGACGUAGACACUAAGGCGCAUACGCACUUGUCAGUACCCAGGGAGAAAAAGCUAGACUUUCUUCCCUGUACAGCGGAACGAAAACCGAACUUUCGGCGUAGGUAGGAGAAAAACAUUUAAUCAUGGAGAUUUCAACAUUAUUUGACUUAAAUUUGUUUACUACUUAAUACAAAAUUAUCACAUUCUCUGCUUCCUACUUUCCUAUAAUGAUUUAAUUUUUGUAUAAUUGAUUGACAGCGUACCAUGCUAAAUACUAAUCUGCUUUUGAUAUUAAUUAGCGUUUCCAUGUAGUUGAGGCAUAAUUCAGAAGCACAGUAAUUGUUUCGACAUUUAGCCCGACUGUUUUUCAGUCUUGGCAUCUCUUUCCAAACACACAAUGUUGAUAUAAUAAAUGAAAGUUUACAAUUUAUUUAUCCUUGUAAUAACGCAAUUAAAAUGCUCUGGAUUAUCUUUACAUCUAGAAUAUCAAGCCGUUUAUGUUUAGGUCCGUAGAUCAAAACAGUCUUGGAUGUCUUGGAGAGUUGUAAAUAUUGAUUCACAAUUAAUGAAAUUCGUCCCUUACGAACAUGUUGAAAGGCAACGGUCGAGGCAAGAAUCUCGUGAGACUUCUGCUAAAACACCUGUACAAAGCUAUGUCGCUCGACCAUUACCCCUUAACUUUUGUAUGAAACAUAGCGUGUGAAACAUUUACGUAUAAUUUUAUUCAAGCACUUAGGAAUUAUAAAGGAUAAUUAAGAAUUUAAUGGAAACUAUAAAAUAUCAAGAAAAAAAGCUUUUAAGCUAUUACAUAGCUUUCAUCGCGGGUUUUGAGCACGGCAACCGAACCAAGAAAUUCCGUAACGAAAAUAAAACCUAACAACCUCCACUCUGCCACCAUGUAGUUCGCGUUCAUACAUUCACAUGUUGUGCUUGUGUCGUGUUUGUGAAUAAGCGCGCGGGCGGCGUGACGUCGCACUGCAUGCGCGUCAUGAAAAGUCUGCCCAUCUCUUUCUUGCUCUCACUAAAAUACGAAUCAAUUCAAAUACAUAUCCACAGAUUUUUCUUUGGAUAUGCAAUGAACAUUUCAUUUGUUUCACAAUAAAGCUCAUUUCAAUCAGCUCUAUUUGUCUUUUUGGCUUUUGUGAAAACGGCUGUAUGAACUAUGUUCCCUUGGCCUAUCAAAUUAACGAAAUCUGAGUAAAUUCAUUUUAAUCUGCUGCUCAUAGAUUUAAUAGAUUAUUAAAUUCGAUUCUGCUUAAAUACACAAGUCUGUGAAUGAUGUUAUUAAAUUCAAUGUUUUAAGUUGUCUUAAUUUGAACUCACUUAAAUCGACAAAGAGAUAAUUAAUAGGUAGUACUUGAUACCAAUUUCUGUAAAUAACCACUCUGCAAUAAAAGUACUAUUGCAUGUUUACAAACCUACCUACUGUUAUGCUAAAUGUCUCUGACAUCAUCUAGAGUUUUUUGAAUGUAUACAAGCACAAUAGCAAGACAUAAAAUCACCGUUCAUCAAGUCAGCACCAGCGUUCAUUAUGACUACAGCUGCUAGACCCACUUUUGAUCCUGCAAGAGGUGGUCAAGGCCGAGGAGAGAAAGACUUAAGUGCUAUUUCUCGACAGUAUUCCAGCAGAGAUCUUCCUGGUCAUACGAAACUUAAAUACAGGGAAUCAGGUCAAGGGACAUCUGAGGAAUUACGCUCUCGUGAUUUUCGUAAGGAGUUGGAUGAUAGAGAAAAAGAUGUUAAAACUACGACUACAAAACGUACAAGUGAACCACAAGCAAAAAGAACUAAGGUUGAUCAAGUUCCUGCAGCAAGUCUUGAUGCUGAUGAUCCUCUUGAAGGCGAUUCCACUGACUCUGAUGAUUCAGAUGAUGAUACUGCUGCAUUGCUAGCAGAAUUAAACAGAAUUAAGAAGGAAAGGGCCAUUGAACAAGCUAAAAAAGAAGCUGAAAAGAAACAAGAAGAGGAAAGAAUUAGAAUGGAGAACAUAUUAUCGGGUAAUCCUUUACUCAACUACUCCGCUGCAGGACAGAAGAAUGACAUGAAGGUAAAAAGAAGAUGGGAUGAUGACGUUGUUUUCAAAAAUUGCGCUCGUUCUGAACCGGAAAAGAAACCUAAUACUUUUAUAAAUGACUCAUUAAGAUCAGAGUUCCAUAAGAAAUUUAUGGAAAAGUACGUGAAAUAGUAAAUCAUUAUUGAUAUUGUAAUUCUAAAUUUAAAGUUGUUAAAAGCGAUUCUAUACCUUAUUGUAAGCGGAAUAGUGAUAACGAAGUGGAAAUGCUACUAUGGAUAUUACAAACACGUAAAGAAAAGAUUGACGAAAACCAAUAUAAUUUUAGUAAAUAUUAUGAAAAAAAUGUCAUUUUGUUGUUUUGAAUAAAUUAUAUGAAAACAAA